UUCAUUGUGAGAUCUAUGUUGUUGCCGAAGGAAACCUCCGUGGGCAUGAUCGACCCGUCCCUACUGCUGCGGCCGGAGAAGGUGUACGAUGACAAGCCGGUGACUGCCUUCCGGGACUACUCCGUCGACGAUGAGGACCCUAUCAAGCAGCGCGUGCGCAGGACAUACUACACCAUGCACACACACACCACCGUCGACUUCGUUAAAGGCAAGAUGGAGAAGUGGCUCAAAUUCAACCACUUCAAGUCGACGAUCAAGGACGCACUGAUCCGGCUGAACGAUCUGGUAGACGAGUCGGACCCCGACACCGAGCUGCCCAACAUCGUGCACGCGUUCCAGACCGCGGAGCGCAUUCGCCAGGACCACCCCGAGGACGACUGGUUCCACCUCACGGGGCUCAUCCACGACCUAGGCAAGGUGAUGGCCUUCUACUGCGGCAUGUAUGAGCCGCAGUGCGGGAUCGAGCGGCUGAUGAUGUCGUGGGGGCACGACGAGUACCUCUACCGCGUCCUCGUGCACAACAAGUCUACGCUGCCCAAGGAGGCGCUCUAUAUGAUCAGGUACCACUCGUUCUACCCGUGGCACGCGGGAGGCGACUACCGGCACCUCAUCACAGAGAAAGACGACUACAUCAAGGAGGCCGUGCUCAAAUUCAAUCAAUACGACCUUUACACAAAGAGUGCCGGCAUCCCCGAUAUUGAGGCGCUUUGGCCGUACUACGAGGGCCUCAUUGAGAAGUACAUGCCCGGCGAGCUCGAGUGGUAGACAGCUCGCCGCCCGGCACCGGCAUACCGAACACCGCGCGGCUAGCUCGCGGACAACACGCCACGUGCCCGCAGCCGACCGACAGCCGACAUGACCCGACUUUCUCUGUUUGAUAUGAUAAUAUUUGUAAAUAAAUGUGAUCUGUAUAAACCAUAUCGUUUAGUUAAGACGCUUGUAAUAUUGUAACCGAUUGCUUCUUUGAAUUAAGUUUAAGUUUUUUGUAUUGUUUUGCAUUUAUUGACAAUGUAGAAUUAAUGUAAACUAUAGUGUAAUAAAUGAAUUGAAGUUCUU